AUGUAAGCUGAAAAAGAAAUUGUUUUCAAAUUACUACUCGUCGGGAACUCCCCUGUUGGGAAGUCAUCCUUACUUAUCAAAUAUUGCGAUGAUAGAUUUAUAGACACCUUUCUCCCAACUAUUGGAGUAGAUUUUAAGUUAAAGUAAUUAGAAUUUAACGGUAAAGCCAUAAAGUUAUAGGUAUAUAUGCUAUCUUAAAUUAUAUUUGGGACACUGCAGGAUAAGAGAGAUUCAUGACCAUAAUCUCAUCUUAUUACAAAGGAGCUCACGGAAUUUUUCUUGUUUAUGAUGUUACCAAUAAGCAAAGCUUUGAAGAAUUAGCAAAGUGGAAUGAAUGUAAAUUACUUUAUCCAAUUAUGAUAGAACUUAAACAUCACACAAAACCAGAUUUGGUUAGAAUUUUGAUUGGGAAUAAAUCUGAUUUGAAUGGAGUCAGAGAAGUCACUCCAGAAGAAGGUUAAUAAUUUGCAGAUACUUUGGGUUUGUAAUAUAUAGGUAUACUUCCAAAAUUUAAAUAGAAACAUCCGCAAAGGAAGGAUUUAAUGUUGAGCACGCUUUUCAAACUAUGUUGGCUGAAGUCUAUGCUCGUCAUGAAAAAUAGGAAAAAGAGGAAGAAGCCUAAAAACAAUGAUAUAAUAAAACAAUCAAUC